AUGGCUGCAAAACCAAUGAACGUGCAAUCAUUUCCACGACCUCCACUGCUGGAGAAGGUGUCAAAACACCUACGGAUCACUUGGCACGGCGAAAUGAUCGCAGACACCAAGAAUGCCUACUGGGUGCUAGAGACUCACCAUCCUCCCAGUGUGUUUUCUUAUGCGACCAUCACAAUUCUUCGAAUCGUAACUGAUUCUCGGACAGCAUACUAUCUCCCAUCCACUUCCAUUAACGUGUCACUCACCCCGACGCGACGGAGUACAUACUGCGAGUGGAAGGGUGCUGCAACUUACUACGCAAUUACUGCACCCGGAACAUCCAAUGCUCAGGAGCCACAGGUAGUGUCGAAUCGCAUCUGGUCGUACGACUCCCCAUCGCCCGGGUUCGAAGCAAUCAAGGGAUAUUUGUCUUUCUAUGCAGGACCGUGGGACUGUUUUGUAGAUGGGGAACUGGUUGAGCCUCAGCCAGGUGACUUUUACGGCGGCUGGGUAACUUCAGACAUUGAGGGCAUUGUCAAAGGUGCCCACGGUAAUUGGGAUCCUGUCUUGUAA